CAACUGAUUUUGUGCUUUACAGUGCCAAAGUACACAGAAGUCUUUCCGGAUGCAUUCUAUACAGAGGAUGGACAAUUGCAAAGUUUACAUAUCAAUAUAAGUAAUGAGGGACAUGAUCUGGAGUUCAAGCCGAGCAUCACUUCGCUCAUUCCAUCGCAUCUGACUACUGUCUAUCGGAACGGCGAUGGCAGUGGACAGUUGCACGUCAAUUUACAACCGAAGAGUUGUCAUUAUCAACAUCGGUCCAACGAGACGUUCGCUGCCGUUAGCAACUGUGACGGCAAUCUGAAAGGCAUAAUCGUACGUCCAGAAGGAGUUUAUGUGAUACAUCCCGUUCCUGAUCGUCAUGUGCAUCGUUUUAAAAGGAAUAAAGAAUCGAACUCACCGCAUGGAUUACAUGUGUUAUACAAACGUGAGGUGAAGACUGAAGAGGAUUUUUGUGGUAUUGAAUCAGUGAUCUCAUCGAAUGAAUUGACGGAAGACGAGAGUGCAGUUAGUGAGGAUAUUUAUACGGUCGGUGAAAGACUCACUCAAGAGAGCGAUUUAAUCGUGGAAUUGGCGAUUUUCGUUGACGAAUUACUUUGGCGACAUUUUAGUAGUAAAUAUGGUGGAUCGGCGAAUUCCAAAUUAGAAGAUUAUGCGUUAACGAUGUUGAAUAAUAUUCAAAUAAUGUAUCAUCAACCAACAGCCGUACCGCAGUUAACGUUUCACGUUGUACGAUUCGAAGUGCUCACUACACAACCUAGCACAAUGGCAGCACAUUUACACAACAACGGACAUGCACAGAAAUAUCUCGAUCGAUUCUGUCGAUAUCAAAGAACAGCUGGAGCGCGCGACUGGGAUCAUGCAUUCCUGCUGACUGGUUAUGACAUUCAUCGUGGAACUGGUUCGAGAUCAAUCAGUGGUAUCGCUCGUUUAGAUGGAAUGUGCGAUCCGUGGAAUACGUGUACCUUGGCUGAAGGUCUUGACUUCACUUCAGCGUUUAUUGGUACGCAUGAACUUGGCCACAGUGUUGGUAUGCGCCACGAUGAGCCUUAUUGUCCAUCGAAGCACAUCAUGAGUUCUUCGUUGGGUCCUGGCAAGGUGACCUGGUCUACAUGUUCUCUCAGAGACUAUCACACAUUUUUGCAAAGACUUGAUAGUCGAGGAAAGAACUGCUUACGUGUAUCAAAUCUUCCACAAACACUAACGAUGAGAACUGAUCAGAAGCCUGGCCAAAUCUAUGAUGCGAACACUCAGUGCAGAAUGAUGCAUGGACCAUCUUAUCAACAGGUCACUAAAUGA